GACUUUUCCAAUGGUAGGCACAAUCGAUACAGGUCUGAAAACUGUAAGGAUUUCAGGAUCAACUUCUUGAAAAUGGGCACUGACUUUGAGACAGUCUGGGAAAAUCCCCUCUUAAUUUUUAUAAUAAUCUUAAUUUUAAUAAUAAAUGAUUAAUUAUUAUAUCACAGAUAUUUUUAGAUAAUUAUGAUGCAUUAAUUUGAUUAAUUUUGAGUAAGAUCAUGGUAUGUUUUAAAAUAUGAGAGCAAAAGUAGCAAUGUUUCAAUUCGAGUGUUUUGAAAUUAGCGGUAAAUUUAAUUUCUACAAAAAUGGCACUCAAGGUGGUCUUGGCGUCAUGUAAAAUGCAUUGGUUGGACUGAUAGCUCAUACUGUGUAGAAUUGUAUUCUGUGAUCUGUGAUGGAUGAUGGAGGAGUGAGUGACGUUUGAAUUGUUUUGUUGACGAUUUAUUAAUAUGAAAUUCCUGCAUUGAGAUGACCUCUUAUCGUUCACGAAAAAACAAACCUGGGAUAUCGAUAUGAAUAACUGCAGGGGUGAAGUUUAUCACGAAAAGCAGGUGAAACAGUUGUGCGCGCUGCAUGCAUUGAACAACCUGUUCCAACAGCCUUGUACGUUCAGCAAAGAGGAGCUGGACACAAUCUGCCAAGACUUGUCGCCCGACUGCUGGAUCAACCCGCAUCGUUCGGCACUCGGACUUGGCAACUAUGACGUCAACAUCAUCAUGGCCGCCCUCCAGAACAAGGGCUUCGAGGCUGUCUGGUUCGACAAGAGAAAAGAUCCCAUGCAGUUGGAACUGAACAACGUGUACGGCUUCAUAAUGAAUAUACCGAGCAAUUGUCGAUUCAAAUUCGUGGUGCUGCCAUUUCAGAGACGCCACUGGAUAGCGAUUCGUCAAGUGAAUGGCUGCUACUACAAUCUGGAUUCCAAACUCAAUCUACCUCAAAAAAUUGGAACGAGUACUGAACUUGUUGAUUUUCUACGGGAACAAAUAAAAUGUCCAGAAAAGGAGCUUUUUAUAAUUGUGUCGAACGACAGUGAGCGAAGAAGGCUGUGGCUCCAUGACGUCAAUGAUAACGACAAUGCCAACAAACAUUCACUUAACAAUGAAAUAAGUGAUAGUUAAUAAACUUAUCCAAUGACAAACCUUGUGUACUGUGUCAGUAUUCCAAUAAUAAUAUUUAUUAUAAUUUAUUUUUGUUGAUUCUUUUUGUUAUUUUUUAUAUAUUUUUAUCAAUGUUCUAAUAAAAUACUCUAAUUUCAA